UCGUCAGGCGACUCGAAGAGGGCGGGCAUUUCCGGCGGGGCUGAGGCGGAAGCGGCAGUUCUGAGGUAGCCGCCGUAGGGAUGGGGUCCAAGGAGUUGGGGUUCGUAGUGGAGCUGCCCCCGACGCCGCGGGAGAGAAAUGCUGAGUCGGGUGCUGCAAAGAGAAGUAAAGGCAAUCUGCCCGUGGUGAUACUGCUUGGGUGGGCUGGCUGCAAGGAUAGGUACCUGCAGAAGUACAGCACCAUCUACCUUCAGGAGGGAUGUGUAGUGAUCCGCUAUACGGCUCCUUGGAGAUUGAUUUUCUUUUCAGAAUCCUUGGGUAUAAAUUCCUUGCAGAACUUGGCAAAGAAGCUGCUGGAGCUCCUCUUUGACUACAAAGUAGAGACGAAGCCCCUGCUCUUUCAUGUCUUCAGCAAUGGAGGUGUCAUGCUGUACCGCUACAUUGUGGAGCUUCUUCACACUCACCAGCAGUUCCAGCAUCUAAGGGUAGUGGGUACUGUGUUUGACAGUGCUCCUGGCAGGAAGAAUCUGCGGGGUGCGCUUGGUGCCCUCUCAGUUGUCCUAUCAUCAUACAAUGUAUGUGUUAAGUAUGCCCUUUUACUGACAUUUGCAGUUCUGGUGGUGACAUGGCGGAUGGUACUGUAUCCUGUGACCCGCUUUGUACAUGAGAGCCACUAUGAUGCCAUGUCGAAGCAACUCUCUAGAUGGCCUGAGCUAUACCUCUACUCCAAGGCGGAUUCUGUUAUUCAAGCAAGUGAUGUGGAGAAUAUGAUAGAGGCUCGGAAGCAGCAUCAGGUCCUUGUUAAGGCUGUGGACUUUGUGGACACUGAUCAUGUCAGCCACCUGCGAGCAUAUCCCACCUUAUACACAACUCAUUGCACCUCCUUUAUGUACAAUUGCAUUGGGAGCACUUAGGCUCACUUGGUGGCUGAUGUGAAGGUAUUAGUAUCUGCCUGUUCUCCCACUAAUACUAUACUCUAAACCGUUCAUCAUUGCUUUUGAUAAAAUUCUGUUGCUGCCUCUCA